AACAAACGACAUUUUUAGAAAAUUAACGGAGCAGAGGUAACAAACCGAAUUUCCCAUUUUUAUUUUUUUCUGAAUUCCAUCUGCUAAUACAACACCAUUCGAAUUCCCGUUCUCUCGCGGAGGAGGUGAAGAAGGAGAAGAAGAAGAAAAAGGUGGAACCUUGUCGUUGGUCCCCUCUCGCUUUCCACUGUCCCAUUUGCUUACAAGCCUUUUUGGUUGACUCUGGCAAUUGAGAAGUGUGGUACCUGCAGAGAUUCUAGAUAGAGAGAUUAGAUAGAUUUGGAGAGAGAAAGAGGAGACGGACAGCGGGGUUGAGAGAUUAGAGGAGGAGGGGGAUGGGCGGUUCGAAAAUGGAAGGCGGUUCGAAAACGGAAGGGACCUCGGCCCCGGCCCCGGCCCCAGCCCUUCGUCGAGACCCAUAUGAGGUUUUAUCGGUUACUAGAGAUUCAACUGACCAAGAGAUAAAAACUGCUUAUAGAAAGCUUGCUCUCAAGUACCAUCCCGACAAAAAUGUUAAUAAUCCCGAAGCUUCAGAGCAUUUCAAGGAGGUUGCAUACUCUUAUAGCAUCUUAUCUGAUCCAGAGAAAAGAAGGCAAUUUGAUAAUGCUGGGUUUGAGGCUCUUGAUGCUGAGGGCAUGGAUAUGGAGAUUGAUCUUUCCAACCUUGGCACGGUUAACACAAUGUUUGCAGCAUUAUUCAGCAAGCUAGGUGUCCCUAUCAAGACUACUAUUUCUGCUAAUGUCCUUGAAGAAGCUUUAAAUGGAACUGUCACAGUCAGGCCUCUCCCAAUUGGAACAUCAGUUAGUGGAAAGGUAGAAAAGCAAUGUGCCCACUUCUUUGGUGUAACUAUUAGUGAGGAACAAGCUGAGUCAGGAAUUGUGAUUAGAGUCACUUCGGCUGCUCAGAGCAAAUUUAAGCUGCUUUAUUUUGAACAAGAUGCCAAUGGUGGAUAUGGAUUGGGUUUACAGGAAGAUAGUGAGAAGACUGGUAAAGUGACUUCUGCUGGGAUGUAUUUCUUACAUUUUCAAGUGUACAGAAUGGAUUCCACUGUGAAUGCGUUAGCCAUGGCGAAGGACCCUGAAGCUGCUUUUUUCAAAAAGCUGGAAGGCCUUCAACCUUGUGAAGUCUCGGAACUAAAACCUGGCACUCACAUAUUCGCUGUUUAUGGCGAUAACUUCUUUAAAACUGCUUCCUACACGAUCGAGGCUGUAUGUGCAAAGUCAUAUGAGGAUACAACAAAUAAGCUCAAGGAGAUUGAGGCUCAGAUUCUGAGGAAGAGAACGGACCUACGCCAAUUCGAGACGGAAUACAGAAAGGCACUGGCACGAUUUCAGGAAGUGACCAAUAGAUACAGCCAGGAAAAGCAGUCUGUUGAUGAGCUGCUGAAACAGCGAGACAGCAUCCACUCCUCAUUCACCAUAGCCAGGUCCGUCGUCAUCAGUGGCGGGAGUGGCACUCAUGUUAGUAACGGAAGUUUUAGUAGCAGCAGUAGUACUAGUAAAGUUCCAGGUGAAGAUUUUAAACCCGAGAGCCCAGGGGAAGAUGGAAGCUCGGACGGGAAGGAUAAAUCCUCGAGGAAGAAAUGGUUCAAUCUUAACCUGAAAGGAUCUGAUAAAAAGGUGGGUUAAGAAAAGGGUUUGGUUAGAUAGUCUUGCAUUGUUCGAGGGGUUUGGAAUUUCAUACCGUGCAUACGUACAGUUGGGCCACCGGUUUCUGCCCGUGAUAGGCCCUUGUGUUAACUUGGUUAAUUUGGUUCUCCAUUGUGGGUUCCCCCCAGGUGGUUCUUUAAAAGUUUGUUGUAGUCUAUUUACGGAAACAUUGACAGAAAGGUGUGUGCGUGCGUGUGUCUAUAUCUUGUUUUCACUUUUUAAUGGCGUUGCUUGUCAGCCCACCCAUUUCUUGUAGCAGAUACAUCAUAGUUUUGAGAUUGCAAUAAUAGGUUUAUUCCUUGA